GGCUUCAAGAUGUUGGCGUUAGUUCCUGCUGCGUUGGCGGUUCUGGCAACCAGUGUUUUUGCUCAAGCAUCGUUCAAAUGUCCUACAAAAAACGGAUACUAUCCCGAUAAAGAGCAGUGCGACUUAUACUACGAGUGUCGACAUGGGGUACCCAAACAGAAGCUGUGUGAUGACGGUAUGGCAUUUAUCUGGGCUCACAACCCGCUCUAUGCCAAAUGCGAUGUCAUCACCAACGUCGAUUGCUCAGACCGUCCAUAUUUGCAACAAGCCAAAACAUCCCUGCAUUGUCCGCGAGCCAAUGGAUAUUACCGACACGAGAAAUGGCCGCAAACUUGUGACGAGUUCUACCAGUGCGACAAGGGAAAAGUGAAAGUGUUGAAGUGCCAGCCCGGUUUGGCCUUCGAUCCCAUAACAUCUGGAUGCCAAUGGGCGGCGAAAGUUGAGGGCUGCGAGCAUCUAGCCGACAAACUGCCGAAACCCCCCGGCCACGCUGAACCGCAAUACGAGGAUGACUACGAAGACGAGCCUCAACAGCCGCCGAAAACGCCGCCGAAACCUGCACAGGUUCAACCGCAGCAGGUUCGACGACCGCAGUGAUAUUCCCAUGGAAUAUGAUUCCCUCAUCUACGCCCGGCCUGAAUCGUUGCAAGAUGCGAAGAACGUGUCUCCGAAAUUUCUUUUUUAAUUUAUUCCUUGUCGUGCCUUCUCUCGUUCUCAUUGAGCAGAUCGAUGCAGAAGAAUGAAAACCGUGGAGGAUUUGAAUAAAAAUGGGACGUGCGGU